UUUUUCCUCCUCCGGGGUAGCUGUGUUUUCAACAUGGCGAUGUGCAUGUCACUGACAUGACCGUUAAGGUGACAAAAUGUCCAGUUUUCUUAUUAGCUGAAAAUAAAAAGCAAUAAUUAGCAAACGUGGGAUUAUUUAUUUUACCGCAACGUACAUGCAGAUGCAUUAAAAAUGGCUUUUCUUGGAAGCCUGAAACCAAUGCUCUCAUCAGCUCUGCAGGCAUCACGCUAUGCAUCUCUGUGGUCUGUACCGCUCUUCAGCCGAACUAUGGCCACCCUCAAUCAGAUGCAUCGCAAAGGCAAACCACCACCUCCUCGCAAAAAGAUCGGUGCCACGUCUGGGCAUCCUCAACUCAAAGCUGUAGUUCUGAAGACCAUGAUCAGAAAACCCAAGAAACCCAACUCUGCCAACCGCAAGUGUGCACAAGUGCGUCUCUCCAAUGGUCAAGAAGCCGUCGUCUACAUACCUGGUGAAGGACACAACCUGCAGGAGCACAACGUGGUGCUGGUGCAGGGAGGACGAACCCAGGACUUACCAGGGGUCAAACUUACCGUGAUCAGGGGCAAAUAUGACUGUGCACAUGUUGUGAAGAAGAAGCAGUAAUUAUUGUGACUGUGUUGUUCUGUAAAAAGUUGGACGUCAGUAAUAAAUGAACUUGGUCGUGAUGGUCUGA